CACCUCAGCUACAUAUUCUUCCUUCCUCCUCGUCGUGGCUGCAGGUUCUUCAGUCAUUCAACGAACUCGCGUCCGACGCGUUCCUCAUCCAUGUAUCCAGCUUUUCGUUCGUAUCCGCAGCCGGGACAUCCGGUGCACCCGGACCGUCGCGGGAUGUUUUACAGAUUCUACGAUCGCUACCGGAUAUUCAACGAUCGGCGUACCCGACCAUUUCCGUUCAGAUUCUAUUGGGAGGAUUUCGGCGUUCCAGUAUUAACAAUCCACAAUGUAGACCCUUGCAUUGAAGAAAACGGCGAAAAUCAUCGUACAUCCAGAUACGAGCUGAUGACCCGUCAGGAUGACAGAGCAAGACUCGUCGUAAGACGUGGUCAAGAAUUUUAUUUGCAUCUCAAUCUAUCUCGGGAUUACAGUUCUUCUAUCGACGGUGUUUCUAUCGUGUUUACCCUGGACGGCGUCGAGAGACCGCAAUACGGACACGGGACAUUGGUGGCAACCGCCUUGCUUCACCCUGGAGAGAUUUCGGAAGCCGCCUGGCAGACCACUAUAGAUGCCAGAGGGCCAAAUUUCUUGAGAAUAAAGGUUGUGACAUCCGCAAACGCAAUUAUAGGUAGAUGGAAAAUGGAUAUCGAUACCAAAAACAAGGAAUCUGAAGGUGCUGUCAGUUACACGAUGGAUCAGCCAUUUUACUUAAUCUGUAAUCCGUGGUGCAGAGACGACGUAGUAUACUUGGAUGGCGAAGCUGAACGUCAAGAAUACGUAUUGGCAGAGGAUGGUUUAAUCUGGCGCGGCAGUCACAACCGUUUGCGACCCACCGUGUGGAAGUACGCACAAUUCGAACGGGACAUCUUAGAUUGUGCCUUGCACUUGAUGAACUAUGUCGGCAAAGUUCGCGUCUCUGGCAGGAAUGACCCGGUCAUCAUAACACGCUGUUUAUCUGCUGCGGUGAAUUCUCCUGAUGACAACGGGGCGGUGAUGGGAAAUUGGUCGGACGAUUACGGGGGCGGUACACCACCUACGAGAUGGAUGGGUUCGCAGAAAAUACUUCAGCAGUAUUACAAGACGAAGAAACCGGUCAAGUACGGACAAUGCUGGGUCUUCUCCGGUGUGUUGGCGACGAUCUGUCGUACUCUCGGUAUACCCUGUCGAGUGGUGACCAAUUAUUCAAGCGCGCAUGAUACUCAGGGCAGCUUAACUGUGGACUACUUCGUAAAUGCGGAAGGCAAGAUUAUGGAGGAACUUAACAGCGAUUCUAUAUGGAAUUUUCACGUCUGGAACGAAGUAUGGAUGAAGCGACUGGAUUUGUCGCCGGAUUGUUCAGGAUGGCAGAUGAUCGAUGCUACUCCUCAAGAACUGAGCGAGGGAGCGUAUCGUUGCGGACCGGCAUCGGUGGCCGCCGUGAAGAAAGGGGAAGUCUUACGUCCCUACGAUAACGCGUUCCUGUUCGCUGAAGUGAACGCCGAUAAAGUCUACUGGCGUUACAACGGGCCUACACAGCCAUUGAAAUUAGUUCGCAAGGAUAUGUACGGCAUCGGUCAGUUGAUCAGUACAAAAGCGAUUGGCAGAUGGACAAGAGAAGACAUUACGCACACGUACAAGUAUCCAGAAAAAUCUGAUGAAGAACGUGCUGCCAUGCUGAAGGCGCUGCGCCAGAGUGAGUCUUUAUUUAGUCGUUAUUAUCUCAAUGAGGAGUUCAACGACGUCAUGUUCACUUUCGAACUGCGCGAUGAUAUCAUAAUUGGCCAGCCAUUCAGCGUCGUAUUACUGAUAAAAAAUCGGCAUUCAACACUGGAAUACCGUGUGACCGUAAUUCUGAGAGUGGAAACUGUUUUGUACACCGGCCGAGUAGGCGAUCCGGUGAAAAGAUUGCACAUCGAUAGACUGGUUCGACCAGGGGUGCUCGAGGAAAUUCGCAUGGACGUUUCCUGGGAGGAAUAUAGCCCGAGAUUAUUAGAUCAAUGCGCUUUCAACAUUUCCUGCUUAGCCACCGUGAAGGAUACGAACUUUGAGUACUUCGCGCAGGACGACUUCCGUGUUAGAAAACCCGACAUUAAAAUCACGCUGUAUAACGAAGCGGUUGUCGGUCAGACUCUCCACGCUUCGGCCAAGUUCCGCAAUCCAUUGCCAAUUCCUUUGAGGAAGGGUAGGUUCCUUAUCGAGGGGCCUGGUCUGGACGAACAACUGAAGCUGAAGCUAUUGGAACCUGUCGAGGUGGAUGCAGACGCGGAAUGUAGUUUCUCCAUGAUGCCGAAGUUAGAAGGACAAGCCAGGAUAGCGGCGAAGUUUUAUUCAAGGGAAUUAGAGGACGUCGAUGGACAUUCAAACAAUUUUAUAGUCAAAUCGGCGAAGAUAAUCAAUAAUUCUGAGUGAUCGCAAUAUUUUCUAAUUAUUCUGAUAUUUUAGCAAAUAAUGUCAUGUUUUUUAUAUUUUUAUAGUCGGUUCAUAUUGUUACGUUCAAGCCUUAGAAAUUCUUUAUUUUACAGAAAUUAAAAGGAUUCAAAAGGAGGCAUAAAUGGACGUUUCAGAAAUCAUGCCAGUGCUCUAUCGUGCAUACCAUGAUUUGAAUUUAUUUUGAUUUGAUUUCAGAACACUUGCCUAUAUCGCGGACGGACGCAAUAACACCAUUUAAAACAGUGUAUUUGUCGAUCCUUAUUUGGGUCGCGGAAAUUAAUCCCUAUGAUCUGGAAUUGAGCCUCGUAUGAUCGUUCGGAAAAGAGGGAAUGACGAGAUUUAAUAAAUUAAAUUAAUUUAUUCAAAUAAAAUUAAAUAACUGAAGAAGGUUUAUUCUGAAAGUCAUUAAGUCUAUCGACAACUCGUGAUCUUCCAUGUGAGAUUUUAAACUUUCGUUCAAAGAGGAUUGAAAUCGCCACUCAAUUCGCUUAUUAUUUUUAUU